AUGUCAAAAGCCCAAGUUUUGUUCAUCGGUGAAUUGGACAAAACUCUCCCAGAAUAUCUCGAUUUCAAGUCUAAAUUCGACUGUAUUGAGUAUUCCUUCAGCUCGAAAGAACAAGUCAUUGAAGAUUUCAAGACCAAAUAUCAAAAUGUUCAAGCCAUAUAUGGUGCUUGGUUAGGUUUUUUUGCUGUCGGUGGAUUUAGAAACGAAUUGCUAGAAAAUGCUCCACCUUCUUUGAAAGUCAUCUCCAUAGCCUCUGUCGGUUAUGAUGGAUACGAUGGUCCAGGCAUGAAACUGAAAAAUAUCGUCCUCACCAAUGUCCCAUCUGACGGAGCAGCCGGCCCAGUUGCAGACUUGGUAUUAUACAAUACGUUAGCAAGUUUCAGAAACUUCAGAACCUUUGAAGAAAACUUCCAUACCGCUAACCAUACAAUUGUCACCAGAAAUCUCUUGGAAAACUCUACUUUCGAUAGCAAGUUUGGUAAGCCAGUGUUGAGAGAUACAAAGGCAGGGUACGCUUUUGGUGAGCAAUGUUCUGGUAGACAAGUGCUCUCUCCAGAGGGACACAGCGUCCUUAUCGUGGGUUUCGGUAACAUUGGCCAAACCAUUGGUAGAAGAUUGUCUGGUAUUGGUAUGCAUGUCCACUACACCAAAAGAUCUAAGCUUUCAGAUGAGCAAGAAUCGAAUUUGGGAUACAAGGUGACUUACCAUUCUUCCAUAUUGGAAGCCAAGGAUAUUGUUGAUCUUGUAGUCAUUGCAUGCCCAGCUACUCCAGAAACAAAGCACUUGAUCAAUAAGGAUGUCAUUGAUGCGAUUUCCAAACCAUUCCGUAUUGUUAACAUAGGGAGAGGUUCAGUAAUCGAUGAACAGGCAUUAGUCAAUGGCUUAGAAUCUGGAAAGAUUUUAUUUGCAGGUUUAGAUGUCUUCGAAGGUGAGCCAAAGUGCCACGAAUCUUUGCUUACCAGAAAGGAUGUGAUUUUAACACCACAUAUUGGUGCUUCUACGAAGGAAAACUUCGACCACACUGCAGUUGUUGCUUUGAAGAAUAUAGAAAAUGUGUUGAAAGGAGGUGAAGGACUCACAAGAGUUAAUUAA